AUGGAGCUUUCCAAUUUAGUCGAAAAAUCGUACCUGAAAUUCGAUCAAUUCAAAAAUGUGGUAAAGCUCUUCCGCGUUAUGGAGCUCUGCUUCGGCCUCGUUUUUCUCUCGUGGACAUCUGCUCGCUUGCCUUCUGCGCUCAAAAUCUCCGGCUACUAUUUCCGGCAGGUAUUGACGAUGAUGAUCAGUCCGCUCUUUAUUUUCAUCGUCAGCAACUUCAUCGUCGUCAUUCUGCUGCUCAAUUCCAGCCUAGUAUAUCAGAACACCUCCAUUGACGACGAGACUAAACUCUGUAAAUCACUCACGGAAAGCAGCAUCCAUUGCGGGAAAUUAUCCGAGAUUUUCGCUCCCGUACCGGCACCGGACGAAAUCGUGUUCCAGGACAAACGGACAAUCUCCGAAGUGAUCGCUAAUCGCGAAAGCGACAGAGAGAUGGAAACGGUUACAGAUGUAAAGUGCUGUUCGGAACAGGAAGCUUCUCCGGUGAGAAUUCAAACAGAGAAUUCGAAAGAUGCAGUUGAAUCGGAGAGUUGCGAGGAGUCCCCGCUAACGGCCGAGAUAGAAAUUUACCAGACGCCUUCAAAUCCGGAAACGGUUGAUGAACUGACCAAUGAGGAGUUGGCGCCAACAGAGAUAGAAAAUUUCCGGAGACUUUCAAAUCCAGACGACGCUACGGAGGAGGAAACAGUUGAUGAACUGACCAAUGAGGAGUUCCAGCGAGCCAUUGAGGCCUUCAUUGCUAAACAGAUAAAGUUCCAUCGGGAAGAGAGGUAG